UUGUGCUAAUUCGCUGACGACAAUUGACGGUAAUUGCUCUUGUGGUCCAACGGACAGAAAGUCAGAAAGCAGUAUUUUAUUAGACUGAAUAUUCUAGACGACUUGUCAAACACGAUUGCCGUUAGUCAUGGAUUUAAAUGGUUCUAAAACCAGAAAUGGAGAACCGUCUCCACCUUAUGAGGAAAAGGGGGCUAUGAAUCUUGGGUACAAUUAUAGCAUAGAUGAUGCAGCUUCAACGGAGAAAGGACUCGAUAAGAUAAACGCUGACAAACUUAACGAGGCAAAGGUGGACAUCGAGCUGGAGGAAGACCCGUGGAAAAUAUCUGAAGUCUACAUCGAGGUCACACCCUGGAACGAACUGUCUGCGUGCGGAAAGUUCAAGAGGGUAACGUGGGACUACUUCGGCAAGCUCGUCGUCCUAGUUUGCCUUCUCUACCUUUUCAUCUGCUCUUUGGAUUUCCUUGGCAACGCCUUUAAACUAAUCGGAGGAAAAGCUGCCGGAGAAGUAUUCAAACAAAGCGAUGUGUUGUCGAACCCAGUGUCGGGUCUCAUGAUUGGUAUCCUAGCAACCGUUCUCCUCCAAUCAUCUUCAACUACGACAUCUAUCAUUGUCAGCCUGGUGGCCUCAAAAAUUGUUCCAAUCCGUAACGCGAUACCGAUGGUUAUGGGUGCGAAUAUCGGAACUUCCAUUACGAAUACGCUGGUCUCCAUCGGCCAGAUUUCCAACAAAGGGGACUUCCGACGCGCCUUUGCGGGCGCCACUGUCCAUGAUAUGUUUAACUGGAUCACAGUUCUGGUUUUGCUCCCCUUAGAAGUUGUUUCGAGCUACCUGUUCCACUUAUCUGACUUCAUUGUUGAUCACAUGCCACUGACCACGAAUGAGGGUGCGGACCGGGAGUUUCUGACAGUGAUCACUCACCCUUUUACGAAACUAAUAAUUCAAGUAGACAGUAAGGUCAUUGAGGGCGUUGCCCAAGGCGACCCAGAUGCCCUGAACAAAAGCAUGAUCAAACAUUGCUGCAAGAAGGGAAACGUCGACGUGACCUAUAUCAAUACGUCAACGUCGGACAACAGCACAAUUUGCCUGGAAAAAUGUAAAUACAUGUUUGAGGGUGCCGCCACCCACCUCAAUGAUGCGACAAUCGGUGGCAUCCUGUUGUUAAUCGCCCUUGUUCUACUCUGCACUUGCCUCGUGCUCAUUGUCAAGACCCUGAACUCACUCUUAAGAGGAAAAGUCAGCCUAAUCAUCAAGAAAUUCGUCAACGCAAACUUUCCAGGAUGUUUGGGUUACUUCACGGGAUACCUGGCGAUUUUGAUUGGGACCGGACUCACUAUUCUCGUCCAAUCGAGUUCUGUGUUUACAUCUGCGUUGACACCAUUGGUUGGAAUCGGCGUCAUCGAACUUGACCGAAUGUAUCCGCUUACACUCGGGUCGAACAUCGGCACAACAACAACAGCCAUUUUGGCGGCAUUUGCUCAAAGCUCAACCGACAUCAGACUUGCUUUGCAGAUCGCAUUAUGCCAUUUGUUUUUCAACCUUACUGGCAUACUUUUAUUCUUUCCCAUUCCUAAAUUCCGUUUUCCCAUUAACUUGGCUAAGUUCCUGGGUAAUCAGACCGCAAAAUACCGAUGGUUUGCUAUCAUGUAUCUCAUUUUGGUGUUCUUCCUACUCCCAGCAGCCGUGUUUGCGCUUUCCGUGGUCAACUGGAUUGCGAUGGUAGCAGUUCUUGCGCCGAUUCUCCUACUGGUUAUAGUAGUCGUCGUCAUAAACAUCCUCCAGAGUAAAGCACCGAUGGCUCUGCCAAUGAUUUUAAGGAACUGGUAUUUUUUGCCAGAGCCUCUAAGGUCUCUCAAACCCAUGGACAGAUUCAUGCAAAAUAUCGUCGCAUGUUUGCCGUGUUGCGCUAAGAAAAGUACGACAGAUGCAAAGGACGAACCCAUUGGAGAGUCGAAUUCGACAACAAAGUUGUGAUAAUUUAUUGUAACAAAAAUAUUUGAAUAUUUAUAUGUUUUAAAUGUUUACAAAUGAAGACACUUACAUGACUUGUAUGUACAAUGUACAUGCAUAUUCAGUGUUUACCUUCAUUAUUUUGCGAUGUACAGAAGGUUUUUUUAAGUGACAUUUCUUUUUUCUUGUUAAAAAAUGUAAGAAACAUCAUCGUAUAUAAUUCAAUUGAUCCGUGUGUGUCUGCAAUUUUAACAAUAAUUUAAAAUAAAACCUGAAUAUAUAUAUAUUCUCAACAACCUAACGGUUUGGUAAAAUGUAUUGGUUAAAUACAAAGUUUGAUAUUUUAUUUAUAGUCGAGUAUAUUCGUACUUUUUAAAAGGGUAAAGAUUUUACACGUGACAUGUGAUUUGUAAAGAACAGGGUUAGUGUUUUUAUGUACAGGGUUAUUGUUUAUAUGUGCAAUUUAAGGAGAUGAAUAAAUAUUAUAAAGAAACUUAAAACAUUUGUUAAGAUGUAAAGAUUAAUACAAUGUUCAGUUCGAUAAUUGCCAGAAAAAAAUCCUCCUAAAACAUUCUCAGGAAGUCAAAUGUCUAAUUUAACAUCACUUAAAAUUAUGUUGGUACAUCGGCUAACUGUUUUUUUGUUGUUGAUUUUUUACGAUUCCCUACUUUUAUAAAAAAAUAUACAUUUGCAUGUAAAAAUCUUCCCGAUCUCUCUUUAGUUUUGUGUUUUUGUAAAUGUGAAGUUAAUUUUACAAAUACAAUCUAAUGUUGAAAACAAGAUAUAAGUGAAUUUAUUAAAAAUGAAGAAAUACUCAAACUGGACUACAAAAAAACAACUGAAUAGUUAGCUCAAACAUUAAGGGUAGGUUGGGUUGGUAAAAAGAAACUGUUCAGACAUAAUGCCCAUUUACCACUUAAUUUGGUUGAUUCUUGUUUUGAUAUAUGUUAUACACUUGUUGUAAUGUGGCAUAUGUUAGAUCUGAUUAUUUCCAAUUAACUAUAAUAGUGAUAAUAAUAAUAAUAUUAUUAUUAUUAUUAUUUUCAAUUUUUAUAAUUAUUGUUGUUGUUGUUAUUAUUAUAUUCUGGGUAAGGAUUGAACCAUGACGUUGUGUAAUGUGAUGUAUUGUUUAUUCUUGCUUCUGACGGUGUUAAACUUUUUAUACCAGUUUUUCUAUGUAUUUCGUAUUAUUAUUUCGUUAAUAAAAUUAACAUUAAUGAAAACAAA